AUGGUGGACCUUAAGGCGGCGACGAAGAGGCAAGCUGAUAUUGCAACAUGGGUCUUGUGGGACAUAAGCAGGUGUCCUGUUCCCACCGACGUUGAUGCUCGUCGUGUGGGUCCGUUUAUAAGACGGGCGUUGAAGAGUUUAGGUUACAACGGUGAUCUCACCAUCACCGCCGUUGGCAUACUUUCACAAGUCCCUAUUGACGUCCUUCGAGCCCUCUCUUCCACUAGGAUCAACCUUCAUCACGUCCCCACCAUGGUAAAUAACAAAUCUAUUAUGACUAGUGUGUACAUGUGGAAGUCGGAUAAUCCGCCUCCGGCUAAUGUCAUGCUCAUAUCCCUUCAGAGGAUCUUCGGUCAGUUUAUUGCCGAUCUAUCGGAGAAAUACUACGUUCUUGGCUCAAAAGUUCCAUAUGAUCGUCAACUAGAGCCCACCGUCUUCGCUAGGCGUGCAGGGUGCUUCCUCUGGGAAAGCUUACUCGCAAGCUUACGUGCAGGAUGCUGUCUUGGUCUCUUUGGCUUUGAAAGUUUCACCAAGCAUAUCCUCAGUAAACAACAUGCACUUGAUGAGUUGGAUUAUUACCCUGGAGGAGUUGAGUCUGGCAAUGAAUCUCGUGCUCGCAAGGAGGAUGCUGCUGCCAUUCUAGCAAGGCUACAAGGUUUAGAGAGGCCAGAAGACUUGAAGAAGAAGAAGAAGAAGCCAAGUACAAGAAACAAAGACUUGAAGAUCCUUAUUAUGAUGAAGAAUAUGACUAUGAAGCAGAAGCAGAGUAGCGUGUGGCGUAAUGGGAUCUUGUUCUUCUCUAAGUCAUUUUCAUAUUGUUAA